CAACAAGAAUCUGUGGUGCCAAAGGUGCCAAUUAGUAGCCCCAUCGGACGGCCCGUGAUGAAUGAUGAUGCAGUAUAUAUACUGGCCGGGGCGCCUCUGCCUUCUGCGUACUGCAUACUCACAAUCACAAGUUGGCUCUCCUCUGCAUCUCCCGCGGAGCACGCAUCUAUCAGCAAUGGCGGCCACCUCCAUCGUCGACGUCUUCGCCGCCCGACCGUCGCCGGCUCUAGGGCUGCCUGGGCUGAGACUCACCAGGGCCAAGGGGCUGAGGUGCAGGUGCAGUGUCAGCAAGAAGGCGUCUUCGGCUCUGGCUCCGAUGGUGGCCAAGGGCGCGCCGCUGCUCGCUAAGGCGAGCUGCAUGGCGUCAACAGCCCCGAUGCUGGCCUUGGCUCUGGCGCUGGUGGACGAAGGGAUGUCAGGUGAGCGCGCCGGGCAGAGCAACGACCUGCUGGGGUGGACUCUGCUGCUUGCCUUGGGCCUCGUCUUGUGCUUCUACGCCGUCUACUCCACCACCUUCGACGACGACGACGACCACUCAGGUGCCGGCGGCAUCACGCUCUGAACUCUGAAGUCUCAGCACCACCACCAUCUUGUUAUGCUGCCUGCCUGCCUGCCUGAUCCGUAAAAGCUUUGUGUAAUUAUUAAUUACCAUCAAUCUACUGUAUCAAGCAUGGAUGAACACUGUGUUACUGCAUGAUUACGGUAGGAAAACUGAAGCGAGCUAUAUAUGGCAGUGUUAAACAGCUGCAGACAUUAUGGGUUUGUUGUUGUACCGCGGAUCUCGUCGUCGGUGCAUAGCAAGUUGAGCUGUAUGAAUCUAUGUCGUCUACCUGUUACAAAUCUGGGGUUCUAAUCAAUAUAAGUUGUGUUCAAUCUCA